GUUUUAUAAUCUUAAUGCUAAUCGAUAUUAAUAAAAUGUUUACAGUAUAAUAAUAACCGUAAUGUGAAGUGCAAUUUUUGGUCUAUAAUAAAUCCACGAGACUGAAAAAAUGACGGUUGUUCCUGAACUUCAGAACCUUCUUAGUUUAGAUGGUUAUUUAAAAGAUUUCAAAGAUGAAAUAAUUAGAAGAUAUCAAAGUUUCCAAACUUUGGUGAGCUACAUUGAAAAAAAUGAAAAUGGUAUUGAUGUUUUUUCUGAGGGGUAUAAACAAUAUGGUUUACAUGUCACAGAAAAUGGUUUAAUGUGUAGAGAAUGGAUUCCUGCCGCAAAUGAAGUUUUCAUAUAUGGAGAUUUUAAUAAUUGGAAUUCAUCAUCACACAAGAUGUUAAAAAAAGAGUUUGGUAAAUGGGAAAUAAUUUUUCCAAAAAACUCUGAUGGAAGUCAGCAGAUAAAGCAUCUUUCUAAAUAUAAGCUUCUUAUUAAGACUGCAAAUGGUGAACUGCUAGAGAGAAUAUCUCCAUGGGCAAAUUAUGUUGUUCAAAAUAAUACCACUACAUUAAUGGAACCUGUGUUCUGGAAUCCACAAAACCCAUACAUUUUUAAAAAUAAGCAACCUGCUAAGGCAAAGAGUUUAAGAAUUUAUGAAUCUCAUAUUGGUAUUUCAUCUGAAGAAGGCAAAGUAGCUUCUUAUAAAGAAUUUCAGAAUGAUGUUCUGCCACACAUUAAAGAUUUAGGCUACAAUACAAUUCAGCUAAUGGCAAUUAUGGAACAUGCCUAUUAUGCAUCAUUUGGAUACCAAGUUACAAGUUUCUUUGCACCAUCCAGUCGAUAUGGAACUCCAGACGAACUAAAAGAACUAAUAGAUGAAGCUCAUGGUAUGGGUAUUGCAGUUUUAUUGGAUGUUGUGCAUAGUCAUGCUUGUAAAAAUGUUUUAGAUGGAUUAAAUAAGUUUGAUGGAACAAAUGGAUGCUUUUUCCAUGACAACGAGCGUGGGUAUCAUGAUCUUUGGGAUAGCAGAUUGUUUGAUUAUAAAAAUUGGGAAGUCCUUCGUUUUCUUCUUUCUAACUUGCGUUGGUAUAUUAAUGAGUUUAAGUUUGACGGUUUUCGGUUUGAUGGUGUUACUUCAAUGCUCUACAAUCAUCAUGGAUUAAGUUUUGGAUUUAGUGGUGAUUACAAUGAAUACUUUAGUGCAGCAACUGAUACUGAAUCUUUGAACUAUCUACAACUUGCAAAUUAUAUGUUGCAUACACUUUAUCCUGAAAUUAUCACUAUCGCUGAAGAUGUUAGUGGAAUGCCCACAUUAUGUCGACCUGUUUCAGAAGGUGGUAUUGGUUUUGACUAUAGAUUGGCUAUGGCUAUACCAGAUCAAUGGAUCAAGAUCUUAAAAGAGAAAAGGGACGAAGACUGGGACAUGCAAAAUAUUGUUCACACAUUAGAAAAUCGACGCUAUAAAGAAAAAACAAUUGCAUAUGCUGAAUCACAUGACCAAGCUCUUGUUGGUGACAAAACAUUGGCAUUUUGGCUGAUGGAUAAGGAGAUGUAUGAAUAUAUGUCAGUAUUUAAACCUCUUACACCUGUCAUUGAAAGAGGUAUUGCUUUGCAUAAAAUGAUCAGAUUGCUUACAUGCGGACUUGGUGGUGAGGGUUACUUAACAUUCAUUGGAAACGAAUUUGGUCAUCCUGAGUGGCUUGACUUUCCUCGAGCAGGGAAUAAUAGUAGUUAUCAUUAUGCUCGAAGACAAUGGAGUUUAGUAAAAGAUAAAACACUUCGAUUCAACCACCUUAAUGAGUUUGACAAAGCAAUGAUGCAUUUAGAAGAAAAAUAUGGUUGGUUACACGCAGAACCUGGAUAUGUGGCAUGCAAACAUAAUGACGAUAAAGUUAUCACAUUUGAAAGAGGAGGAUUAGUGUUUGUAUUCAAUUUCAACAUACAUAAAAGUUUUGUUGACUAUCGUGUUGCUGUUGACACACCUGGAAAAUAUAAAAUUGUAUUGGAUUCUGAUGCUGAGAUUUUUGGUGGACAUAAUAGAUUAGAUCAUAAUUGCAAGUUUUUUACAGAAAAUUAUAGUUUCAACAACAGAAGUUGCUCUUUUAAGGUUUACAUACCAUCUCGAGUAGUUAUAGUGUUGGCAAAAGACGAUGGAAAUUAAACUUCAAGUUAAUCUGUUGUGUUAUCGAUGUAUUUUUAUUUGACGUUUUGUGUUUGGAAACGUUGAGUAAAUACACUCUUUUUUGUGUUGGAAACGUUGAGUAAAUACUUUUAUCACUAUAAAAUAUAAAAUCAUAGUUGUCAGUUUUAUUUAAAAAUUAACUUUUUAUACAGAUUAUAUUUAAAUUACUGAUAAUUUUUUUUCGAAU